GAGGACCCCACCGUACAAUGUUUCCUAGACGGCUUUCACGAAUGCCCUGUGUGUGUGUGAGCGAUAGCUGUCACUGCCAAAUCAUUGCUUCAGUCGAGGUGGCUCUUUUUGUUUGUUUGUUUGUUUGAAUUUCCAGUUUUGAGCAUCUCCGCCCUCCCGUCGUCAUGUUCGAGGAAGCCAGCGAGGUGUUCGAGAACAUGUUCAAAGCUUCUUUCCCAUUGACUUUCAUCGUGCUGUUACCUGCGGUUCUGUUUCUGGUGUCUCCGCUGCCUGCCGAGGCCGCUCAUGAGUUCACGGUCUAUCGCAUGCAGCAGUAUGAUAUGCAGGGGCAAGCUUACGGUACCAGGAGCUCAGUGUUAAACACGGAGGCCCGCACGGUGGAAGCAGAAGUGCUCAGUCGCCGAUGCGUGAUAAUGCGGCUGGUUGACUUCUCCUACGAGAAGUAUCAGAAAGCGCUCCGCCAGUCCGCGGGGGCUGUGGUCAUCAUCUUGCCACAAAACAUGUCCACUAUGCCCCAGGACAUUGUGCAGCAAUUCAUGGAGAUUGAGCCGGAGCUGCUGGCCACAGAGACGAUGGUUCCUGUGUACUUCGCUGUGGAAGAAGAGGAGCUGCUCUCGAUAUACGAGCAGACCCUGACCUCCUCUUCCUCCCAGGGCUUGGCCUCUGCUGCAGAAGUGCUGCUACACACAGCUACUGCAAACGGUUUCCAGAUGGUAACAAGCGGAGCACAGAGCAAGGCUGUCAGCGACUGGGCCAUUACAAGCCUGGAGGGAAGGCUAGCUGGUGUAGGUGGAGAAGAUCUUCCGACCGUUGUCCUCGUAGCACAUUACGACUCCUUCGGUGUGGCUCCUUGGCUGUCGUAUGGGGCUGACUCAAACGGCAGCGGGGUGUCUGUCCUGCUGGAACUGGCCAGGCUCUUCUCAAGGCUCUACACCUACAAGAGAACACAUGCUGCAUACAACUUGCUGUUCUUCGUUUCGGGUGGUGGGAAGUUUAAUUAUCAAGGAACUAAACGCUGGUUAGAAGACAAUCUGGAUCACACAGACUCCAGCCUGCUGCAGGAUAAUGUGGCCUUCGUCUUGUGCCUCGAUACGUUGGGGAGCAGCGACAACCUUCACCUGCACGUUUCCAAGCCCCCGAAAGAGGGGAGCCCCCAGCACACGCUCCUCAGAGAGCUGGAGACUGUGUCUUCCAGCCAGUACCCGGAGGUGAAGUUCUCCAUGGUGCACAAGAAGAUCAACCUGGCGGACGACACUCUGGCCUGGGAGCACGAGCGCUUCGGCAUCCGCCGGCUCCCCGCCUUCACCCUGUCCCACCUGGAGAGCCACCGCAGCGCACUCCGCAGCAGCAUCAUGGACGUGCGGUCAGUGCCCGGCAAAGGGACCCAGGUAGAUCUGCAAACUCUCAGCCGUAAUACUAAAAUCAUAGCAGAGGCACUGGCUAGAGUCAUCUAUAACCUCACAGAAAAGGGUGCCCCAGGGGACCUGCAGAUCUUUACCGAACAAAUGCAAGUCCAGGAAGACCAGCUGUCUUCUGUGCUGGACUGGUUGACCUCUCAACCCCGGGCAGCGCAGCUCGUUGACAAGGAGAGCCCCGUGGUCAGCACGCUGGAGUAUUACCUGAACCGAUACCUCAAGGAUGUCAAGCGCCACUACGUCAAGGCGGACAAGAGAGAUCCAGAAUUUGUCUUCUACGAUCAGCUGAAGCAGGUCAUGAACGCAUACAGAGUGAAGCCUGCUAUCUUUGAUCUGCUGCUUGCACUUUGCAUAGCAGUCUAUCUGGGGGUGAUGUAUUUAGCAAUCCAGAACUUUGGGCUUCUCUACAGUCUGGUACGGAAGGUGACUCAGCCCAAGACUAAGCAGCAUUAAACUUUUUAUAAACUUUUCAUUCCUUGUGUGUUUUGGAGGAAAAAUCAUGAUCAACCAAAAAAAACAAACAAAUCUAAAACUGUUUUUUUUUUUUUUUUUUUUUUUUUAAAUUGGAAUUCUCCCUGCAGAAUUUGAACUGAGCCUAGAGCCGCUACCCCUUUACAGGAUCAAUAGGUUGAUAGACCAAGCCCCUGUCUUUGCAGAGAGAAAGUCAAUAUACCUCUUUCAAGGUUAUCCGCACCCUGCAUGGAAGCUACAGUGUGUGUGGGAGUUUCAUUUUUAAAGGUAUACAUAUUAAAUCAAUUUUCCUAUCCCAGGUAUGCCCCAGAUUUGACAUUGUUUGUCCUGCUGGAUUCCCCUUCUCUUUAGCCAUAUGAGCUUUUCCGCUUCAGGUUUUCAAGGUGGCUCAGAUUUCAGGUAUAACAGCAUGUCAGGCAUAGGAUCAUACCAAAGCUCUGUGUUUGGGGGGGGUAACGUUCACUCAGCCCGACACAUUCUGCUGCACCUCUUUCAGCACAGAGCUUUGGAAAAGUUUAUCUGGAUAAAAUGGGAGAAUGUGCGAUGGUCCCGGUGAGAUUUAGGAUACUGGAGGAAAACAAUUAAGUAAUACAAGUAAAUAAAAAAACAAUAAAUUACAAAUAUACCUUAAAACAAAUGCUCUCGUGUUUCCAGAUUUGGUGUGUUUUUGAUGGUUCGGAGAUGUCAGAUCUGCAAAUACCGGAACAGUGUUUCAGGAGUGACGCGUUGCUAAUCUAGUCCGGACACCACUUUCAGUGCAAGGAGCUGGCAUGAUGCUCAAACUGAAACUGCAGACGCUUCUAACGUCUUGAUGGUGCUGUUACAUGGCAAGCCUCUCCGUUCCAGCACUCGGAGUGUUUGUUUUACUUUGCGAGGUGCUGUAAUGCUCACAUGCCUUGCAUUGUCACAACACAAAGUAUUAUGACUUCACUUGCGCUAGUCACACUAUAAAACAUAGCUCCAGUGAUAUACUCGGUGGGACAGUGUUUUGCAUGUAUUAUGCCAGACUCUAUUAAUAGUUUCUGUUAUCUUUUAUAAUUGUUUCCAAACUCAAUGUAUUUCAUUAGGACUCUUGUUUCGUUUCACAGACCCUGACCAGGCCUGCCUUGCCUAAUUAGAGAGCUUAAUGCUAAUUGGGGGUUAAAUUAGCUGUAAUGCAACACAAGCAAAGCCUUGGUCACUACAUGCAUCUGUGCUUAAAAUUAAAAAGAUUCAAUUAGAAAUUAAGUAAAACAAUGCAUUUGAAAAGGUAAUGAAUUCUCUUACAGGGAAAUGAGCUGGUACUUUACUGCUUUUAUUUAUUGAAGCUUGUAAUUAUUAUUUUGGUUUUCCAUGGCUCUCUCUCUCUCACCCUACUCUGAAUCAUUGUGUUAUAUGUGAUCAGAAGAAGAAAAAAACAACCUUGAAAGUUGCUGGAACAAGAAAUAAAUUAAUUUGUUGA